AUGUUGAAUUCCACCAGUGGCCUGGAAUUUUCGAUCCCCUUAGAGAGCGAGGAGAUCUCUGCCCAGCUCUCUUCCCUGGCGCUGUCAGGUCUGGCAGCCUCCAGCGAAAAAAGCUCAGCUGGCGUUCUGGAAAAAACUGGUUAUCCGGACUCGGUGUACAUCACUGCGGCAAACAUUUUUCAGGGCAUUCGAGUCGAAAAGUCUCCGGAAACAAUCAUCAUAAAGUACGGGAAUGAGCCCUUGCGGUCUUUACCCGAGCCCACGGAUGAGGCCUUACAGCGGUUGUCCUAUGAGCUGGCCUUCAGUGCCCUAAAGUAUCAAGACAUUUUGGAAACUAUGUUAAUAGACAGCUAUAUCUUUCCCAGUACGACAAUACCAGACCACUUGAACAGUCUUAUCAUCGUGAUGCUGUAUGAUUUCCAAGAUAGAAAAUUCCAAACUCGUGUCCUUUCUGAUAACGAGGAGCCUUUAUCAGAAGUUCAAGAAGUAGAGAACCUUCUUAACAGUUUCAAGACAAAGUUGGCAGCAGCGUUGGCAAGAUGUCGGAUCAAACAUGACGCCCUUUCCAUUUACCACAUUCUGCCGGAAACGGUCAGGAAGCAGGAGCUACGGGCCUCCACUUUGCCACUUUAUGCUUGGAUAAACACUUGUAAAAUCAGCCCUGAAGAAGUUUAUAAUGAUUUGAAGACGAAAGGCUAUCAUAAAGUCAAAUCCAUAUUGCAUAUUGAUGAUAAAGUGUUUGCUGUGGACCAACACUGCUAUGAUGUCUUAAUUUUUCCUUCUCAUCUUAAAAAGGAUCUUGUAAAUAUAGAUCUCUUCAAAGAUUAUAAACUUAUUUUUCAGGACAAGUCUCGAAGUCUUGCUGUUCAUUCUGUAAAGGCCUUAUUGAAUAUGGAGGAUGACAUCUUGAUGGUCAACACAGGGUCAUGGUACACAGUUGCCCAUAUGUCAAUCCUAACGCAUAAUAAUACUUCAAAAAUCUUUGUGUGUGGAGUACAGUCACAUGCUAACGAUCCUGACCUAAAGAAACUUUUCACAAAGAUGGGAUGUAAAAAUAUUGAAAUACUUCAUGAUACAUUUACCAACAUUGAAUCAAAGGAUCACAGGUUACAGAAAGUGAAAGUGAUUCUGCUGCUGCCCCGUUGUUCAGGACUGGGUGUUAGUAAUCCGGUAGAAUUUAUUUUAAAUGAACAUGAAGAUACGGAUUUGCUGAAGGAUCUUUCUAAAGGAGGUACAUCAAAAGAGAAACUUCAUGUUCUCGCUCAGCAGCAGUAUGAGCAGCUGACACAUGCCAUGAAAUUUGCUAAAGCGCAAGCAGUUGUGUAUUGCACGUGCUCAGUUUAUACAGAAGAAAACGAAGAUGUUAUUAAGAAAGCCCUGGAAUUUCAAGACUGUGGGAUUAAAGUACAACGUUAUAGGCUUAGUCCUCCUGUGCUUCCACUGUGCUCCCUAAAGGAAAUACAGCUGUCUACUGACAAGUUCUUCAGGAUGGAACCAUCAGAAACCAACAAUGGUUGCUUUCUUUCUAUUUUAACAAGGGAGCGAGACCCAACCGAGACAGUGUCUGUCAAAGACGUGCUGGCACGAGCUGCCGCCAAGGGCCUGCUGGAAGGCAUCGAGUUGGGCAAAUCAUCCAAAAGGGAGAAGAAGAAGAAGAAAUCAAAAACAGCCUUUCCAAAGGCUCUCACUGACAGUAAUGACAUCCAAAUAAAAAUUGCUGAGUUCUUGCACCGAGAAAUGAAGGCAAACACUGACCAGUCUGAGACACUGGCAGCCAAAGUGUCUCUCCCACAGAAAACAACCCUGCAGGUGGGCGCCUCCCCCCAGAUCAGAAAGCUCACCAAGCCCAGCACCCAGCCUUUGGUGCCAACCUUUCUGAAGAACACAUAUCCCUCCAGACCCUAUGAACGGCAGACAAGCUUUGUCAGGCACCGGCCAGAGGACAAAAUGGUUGCCCUGAAACCCAUUGAGAUUGUCCUGCCUCCAGUCAUGCUGCCCUUCUCAAGCCCUGAAGCCAUCAGGGCUCGGUUCCCAGCCCAGCAUUUCUUCUGCAGGUGUGUCGGACCCAAGAUGAUGGUGCCCGGCUACCUCUCCUCACCAUCGAUCACCAAAAGAGGAGAAAAACCAAAGGAAAACUUACCUUCCUCCCUACUGAGGCAUCCUCGGCCAUGGCUUUGA